CCAAGUGCUCAGAGGAUGCUUUUUUGGCAUUUAAUGCGCGCAGUACCGGUUUUCGCCGUCUUACAUAUUUUCCAAGUGUUUUGCUUUUAUAGAACAUAUUUGACUCGAAUGUGGCAAAGCUUGAGUGAAAUAAACCUAUUAAUCGAUCAAAUAAACAUCUUUGACUAUCUGACGACUUGAACGUUUGCCAUCGAGGGCGCCAUGAGCUCGGGCAGCAUCUGCUACAAGUGCAACCAGCCGGGGCACUUCGCGCGCGAGUGCUCGCAGCCCGGGGGCCGCGAGGGCGGCCGCGGGGGCUUCAACCGCAGCCGCGAGAAGUGCCACAAGUGCAACAAGACGGGGCACUACGCGCGCGACUGCAAGGAGGACUCGGCGCGCUGCUACCGCUGCUACGGCGAGGGCCACUUCGCCAAGGACUGCCUGCAGAGCCCCGACAUGCCGUCCUGCUACAACUGCAGGAAGCCGGGGCACAUCGCGCGCAGCUGCCCCGAGGGCGGCGGCGUCGCCAACGAGACGUGCCACAACUGCCAGCGGCCGGGGCACAUCUCCAGGAACUGCCCCGAGAACACGAAAAUCUGCUACUUGUGCCACAAGCCGGGCCAUCUGAAGCGGGACUGUCAGGAGAACGAUUACAGGAAGUAGUGUAUGUUGAUAACGACGCUGUUUUUAUUUGUUGUAUUUUAUAUAUACGUUAUGAAAUUGUCUGUUUUCCUCAACUAUUGUUAUGAACCGAUGUUUCUUAUUUAUAUUUCAAACUGUUUUUUUCCUAUAGACUUAAGGAAAUUAUUAUUAUACUACAUUCAAUUUAGGUUCACUUGUAAUUGCAAACUAAACUAAAGGUUUUAUCGCUACUUUGGGUUCAUCUGUCAGUUCCUUCCCGAAAAAGACGAUGGCGUGCAAUCGACACGAAAAGAGGCUUUUGUAUUCUUUACUGUUUUUAGGUUUAUUUAUUUAUUUUUAUUUCAAUCGAAAAUUGUCUUGCGCAUGCAAGACGUUCCGAAAUUGUAAUUAUUUUGAUAACGUUUUACAUUUUAAAUAAAAUACUUCAAAGGGUAUUUGAGUUUAUUCACUCUUACUUAAAAAAAAAUAAAAAAAUACAGACAAAUAGACUUGAGGCAUAAAAUGGUGGAUAGGUGUGUUUAAUUAGGAAUUAUGUAAAUAAAACGUUUUUAAUGCUUA